GAUCGAGAACGUCCGCCAUUUUUUUAAUUUAUCUAGGUCAACUAAGAACCAAUCAGUAAUAUGAUUGAAGCGUAAUUUUUAGGAGCGAAAUACAAAAAUAUUUUCUCCGUGUAAAUGUUUGAUUUUGAGCGUAAUUUCACACUGCAUCCACUUCGGUGUAUCAAAGAAGAAAUAAAUGAGAAAAUGUCUCACAGACACAGUCAGUCAGAUCAUAAACACUCAAAAGACCACAGGAAACAUCACAAGCAUAAGAAACACAAACAUCGAUACAGCGAGGAAGAAAGUGACAAAUAUGGAAAAAAAUCAAAAGAUAGAAAGCAUCAUGAAGGUGAAGACAAUCAUGCUUCUAAACACUCAUCAAGAUCAUUCCCUGAGCAUAGCUCUAGAAACAGUAGACCAUCUUCAUAUGAUGAGUCUCCUUCACUAGGGAUAAGAGAUGAUCCAUAUGCUAAUCACAAUAAGGCCAAACAUAUAGACUACAAUGAAGAGCAUUAUGAUCAUAUGGGAAAUCCCAUUAUGACAAGACCUAAGGAUACUGAUGAUAAAUAUGUUAACUCUAAUAGGCUCAAAAUUGAUAGUGAUACAACAAAAAGUGAAUCUAAUGAGAUUGAUGUUGAUUUCAUGUGGGCACACCAUAGACAAGACCUAAAUCAAAUAUUUUUCCGAAAUGAAAAAUUCAUUCGCCGGGGAUCAUCAAGGUACCAUGACCUCUGGAGUUUUGUUACUAAAUAUCAGACUGUUCAGAGGAAGAAGGUACAUGGUGGACAAAAACCAAAAUUUCCUCCUAAUGACCCAGAUAUUGAUGAGAAGAAACUGGAUAUAAAGAUCUCUGAAGUCAAGCUAGAUCUGGAAUACUAUAUUAAGAAUGCUAAGGAUGACCCAAAAGGAAAAAUGAAAGGAGAACUUACAAAGCAGAGAUUGAGGGAAUUCUGGAGAAUCAUAUUGCUGUUUUUUGACUUUGAACAAAAACAAGAGGCAAGCAGAAUAUCAAAGAUCAAGAAAGACAAGGAGAACCUCCCUAUAUUCCAAUACAGACAGAAGAUUAUUGAUGCAGUAAAAGAGACUCAACUUAUUCUGGUUGCUGGCGAUACAGGAUGUGGAAAAUCAACACAGGUGCCCCAAUAUCUGAUGGAAGCGGGGUAUGAGAAAGUGGCAUGUACCCAACCACGAAGAAUUGCAUGCAUCUCUCUAGCCAAGAGAGUUGGUUAUGAAACACUCAAUGCCUAUGGGGAUAAAGUUGGAUAUCAGGUGAGGUUUGAAAAAAGCAAGACAGCUGCAACAAGAAUACUGUUCCUCACAGAAGGUCUCCUACUUAGACAACUACAGACAGACGCAACACUGGAUGCCUACAAAGUGAUCAUUAUAGAUGAGGUCCAUGAGAGACACAUCCACACAGACUACCUCCUAGGAGUCAUACGUGCACUGCUCCUACAGAGGGAUGACUUGAAGGUGGUUCUCAUGUCUGCCACCAUCAACAUAAGCUUGUUCAGCAACUACUUUGAUGAUGCUCCAGUUAUAAAGGUACCUGGUAGAUUGUUCCCUAUCCAGUUAGAGUACCACCCUGUGACAGCAGAGGACACAUCGGAGACAUCCAGACUUGACCCUAGUCCCUAUCUACGGAUCAUGCAAGCAAUAGAGAAAAAGUACCCUGUAACAGAGAGAGGAGACCUGUUGAUAUUCCUAAGUGGUAUGUCAGACAUUAAAGCAGUUAGUGAAGCUGCCAGGGAAUUGGCCACUAAAACCAAACACUGGAUUGUUCUACAGUUACACAGUGCUUUGUCCAUUCAGGAACAAGAUAGGGUAUUUGACAUUGCCCCUGAGGGAGUGAGAAAAUGUAUUGUCUCAACAAACAUUGCAGAAACAUCUGUGACAAUAGAUGGCGUAAGAUUCAUUGUUGAUUCUGGGAAGGUUAAAGAAAUGAGUUAUGAUGCAAAGUACAAAAUGCAGAAAUUAAAAGAAUUCUGGAUAAGUAGGGCUAGCGCUGAACAAAGAAAAGGUCGUGCAGGCAGGACAGGUCCAGGGGUGUGUUACCGAUUGUAUUCUGAGGCGGAUUACAAUGAAUUGCAGGCUUAUUCUACCCCUGAGAUACAACGCGUCCCCCUGGAAGGCCUCAUUCUGCAGAUGGCCAACAUGGGGCUCCCCGAUGCAAGAAAAUUCCCAUUCAUAGAGAAGCCAGACAUAUCCAACAUAGAGACAUCUAUCAUAGUCCUACAGGAACAGGGGGCUUUGACAGAGGAAGAAGUGCUGACACCUAUAGGCAAGAUGCUCGCUCAACUACCAGUAGAUGUUGUCAUUGGUAAGAUGCUAAUCAUGGGAUCCAUAUUUCACAUGAUGGACCCUGUAUUAAGUGUAGCAGCUGCCCUAAGUGUACAGUCACCACUAACAAGUAACUCAUACUAUGAUUACGACUGCAAGAAUAAUAUGAAGAACAUAGAGUCUGACCAUGGAGAUCCCUUUACACUUCUCAGUGCAUUUGAUGAGUGGAUACAGGUGAAGGCUGAGGGAAGGGGAACGAAGAAGUGGUGUAAAAGGAGAGGAUUAGAGGAGCAAAGAUUCUAUGAAAUGACAAAGCUGAAGCAACAGUUCAAGGAAUUACUGAGGGAUCACAACCUACUUCCUAGUAAAAACCAAGAUGUUGACACAGCAACAAGGUACCUGACUGCAGAUGAGAGGAAGAAACAACAUGCUCAAAGGAAACAACUAGGACAGCUUAAGAGAGAACAAAAACAGUCACAGAGAAAGCGAAAAGUGCUCAAGUUAAAUGAUGAUGACUUCCACAUUAUUAGUGAUGAAGAAGAUGAUGGUACCAACCCUGACUUGAGAGAUCUUGAGUUCAGACUCACCAACAACAUUGAUGCAAUGCAAGAGACAUCAAAUGAGUCACGUAAUUUCACCCUAAGGGAGAUUAACAUGCUGAAGAUAAUACUCUGCAGUGGUCUGUACCCUCAGGUUGCCAUAGCAGAUGAGCAUAACACGUCAAAAAUAGAUUCAGAACAAAUGUUCCAUACAAAGCACAAGUCUUUCCUAUACCUACAGCCCAAUGCUGUGUUGGCCCAUCACCCUGAAGUCCUACAGCUCAGUGACAAAGACAUAGUUGCUGAUACAAACAAUGCGAGUAGUGUAGGCUCACAGCACCCUAUGAGCAACAAACAUCAGUUGCUAGCAUAUGUGACCUUGUUGGAGACCACAAAACCUUACCUUGUGAACACUAUGAGGGUGCCUGCCCUACAGACUCUGCUGCUGUAUGCCAGUGCAAUAGACACCAAUACAGACUGCACAAGGAUUGUAGUUGACUCUUGGUUGGAGCUAAAGUUUCAAGAAACAGAUGAAGCUGAGAAAAUUAUAGCUAGUGUAAUACAACUACGUCAUACGUGGCAGCAGUUGUUACAGGCAAGGCUUGAAGAUAAAUUUGGUGCACCUCACUCAAGUGAUGGGGAACAUAAGGCAACCCAGAAAAGUCGUAAACUUGAGAAACUUCUUGCAUCUAAACUGGCAGAAUAUCUGGAAAGUGAUGUGGUUUAUUCCAUUAGACGAGUUCUUACUGCAGAGACCAACCAUCUUUAUGUAGGACCAAAUUACGAAGAGGAGCCAGUCCUUAAAGAGAUCUUCAAAGCUUCAAGUACAGAACCCAACACUGUUAAAGGUGGUGUCAGAGUAAAUGACUACUUAACAUAUAACUGUCUCCAGGCAGACAGUACAGCAAGUGUCUGGGGGGAGUAUACUAGUCAUAUGCAGAAGCACUGGACAUGUCCCCAUUGUAAUGAGCCAAUGAUAGUCACAGUGCUAGACCGCCUACAGCAUGAAGCAACCUGUCAGGCCAAUAAGGAAAAACAGCAGGAACUAAUCUCUUCUAAGGGGUCUUCAACAGAUGUGGGAUCAACGAGCCAAUCAGGAAUGAGCAACCCAUUAAAAAAGGAAUAUCACUGCCCUCUAUGUUCUAAAGACUUCAACUUUACAAACACAGAGAUUUUGAAGCAUAGAAAAACAUGCAGAAAUGACAAUUGAAAAGUCACAUGUUUAUGGAGUGAAUGAGCACUAAGCAACAUUAAUCUUGGAGAAAAAAAUUAAUUAUUUUUCUAGAAAAAUGAAGACAUCUUAUUUUGUUUCCUAUACAAAAUAAAAAGAUAUGGUUU